UUUUAUUAAUUUGAUAUUUCUUGAUAUCUUCAACUUUCUUGAUAUAUAGUUGAUACUUAGGUUGACAUGCUAAUUGUUAUCAUCAUAAUAAUUUUGUUACUGAAGAAGCAUAAUUUUAGUCAAAUUUAAAUAAAAAUUCUUGAUUCAAGUCAUCAAAUUGAUUCCUUCAUUAUCUAAAGAAAAAAUGUACACAAGAGGGUUAAAGAUAAAGACACUUAAGCUCAAAUAGGGGGGAACCACCAUACUAUACAUAUAUCAGUAUCCCCUUUAGGUAUGUAGAUCCCCUUUAGGUAUGAUAUAAAUACAUAGUCAAAUUUAAAGUGUUCGUGCAUUAGAGUGUAAAAAUAUAUGGAAGGAAAUGAUCAGUAAUCACACAAAUUAUUACAUGUUUACAAGGUAUUAAACAGGAAAAAAUAAACACACAUUAAAAUAGUCCACACAGACUAAGUAGUAAAAGAUCAGAAUAAUCAAAUCAUGUUUGAAGUAGAAUUAUAGACAACAAAGUAUUUAAAGCCACAGUGAUGCUGAACUUGUCCAAAAUAGGUACAAUAGUCUUACCUUAUAGCUUUCAAGAAAUGCUGAAACAUCUCCAAAAUCAGUGCAUCACAUUCAAGGUCCAGCAUUACCACACUUGAUCUGACUUUAGUCUUACCUUAUAGCCUAAAACACAUUCUGAUACACCUUUCAAGACUUUAUAUUAUUGGGUGACAUAUCAUAUUGGGGACUAAAAAUAACCCAGGCAGGUUCACUGUUUAUUAGUAGGGUCAACAUAAAAUGUUAGCUUAUUAUAGUGUUCAAAAUAAAAUGUAAGAGUGUUUUCUUAUCAUUUAUCUGAUGAAGAAUAUAUUACUAUAUAUGCGGGCACAAGCACGAAAGACCAUUCAUUCAUUGGAUAAGCUUUUGGAUAAGUGGGAAUUCCACAACUUUGUAGUAGAAAAGAAAUAAAUUUGUUGAAGUUAAUGCUACGAAGGAUCAAAUGUCAUUUGUUAAUGGACACGGAGUGACUACCAAUGUUGUCAAAUAGCGGCUAUCGCGGCGCUAUCACGCUAUAGCGUAGCGGGUUUUUUGGAGAAAACGCAAUUGCAACGGCGUCGCGUUGCGGAUUCCGCGAGAAUCGCGAUCCCCGGAGCCUUACGCAUUGCGAAACCACGUUGGGUCGCGGCUGUUGCGUCGUCGGUUUCCGACAAGGAUGAAUCCGGAGAGAAACUGCAUCGACGGCGACGGCGACGGCGACGGCGCGUUUAGGGUUCAUCGUGCUGACUGCUGAAAGAGGAAACCGGGUCGGAGCGGAUGCGGGUCAGUGCGGAUUGCAGUUGUUUUGGGCUUGCAGAAUGCUCACAAGGGCCCAAAAGUAGCCUUGCUUAUUGACUUUGUUAAAAGUUAAAACUCAUUUUACUUUCCACUCUAUUCCUUUUACUUAUGGACUUGGGCCCAACAGUAGCAUUUUAACUUCAGUUCUACUUCUUCACAAUUUGGUAUUGCAUUCUGACGUUGAAGCAGUGUAUCAAAGACGAGAAUUACUGUAUCUCAAUGGCAGCUUCAGAGAAAACUCUAACAAACAAAUGCACAACAAAUGAAGGUUGGACUGUAGUUUUACCCCGUCGCAGCAGACAAAGAAGAAAAGCUACCAAAUCUGGAGUUUUGGAGGAAAAACAAGAGCCAUGGACUCCAACAGAUUCUCAGACUGACCCAAGCAAAGAAGCAACAUUGGUGCAGAAAAUGGAAAGAUGUAUAAAUAGGAUUGAGGGAUCUGAAUUCUAUCAUACUUUCAGGGAUCAAAUUCAAACAUCCGUUGUUGAUUACUUCAAUAGAGUUUUGGGCUCAGAGAUAAAGAUGCAAAUGGUCAUUUAUGGUAUUGGCAGCAUCAAAUUGUAUGAGCCCCCUCGACUGCAGCUUAGUCUUGCAAUAUUGAUGAGAAGAGAUUUGAGUUGGAUUGGAAACAUAGAGGUAUUUGAUCCUAUUCUUUCUGCAACUGAGUCUCGGGUUUUGGAAGCUCUUGGUUGUUCUGUCAUGUCCAUAAAUGAGCAUGGGAGGCGAGAGGCUCUAAAGCCAACAAUGUUCUUCAUGCCUCACUGUGAAGCAGAGCUAUAUAACAACCUGUUGCAAGCAAAUUGGAAACUGAAUCUCUUAAAAAACAUGGUAUUAUUUGGGAACAGCUUUGAAACAUAUGAGCAGCACGUGUCACUGUGUAAGAACUCACCUAUUCUUAACUCUAUGGGGCAUAUUUUGGCUGCUCAAGGAUUCACAAAUGAAUUUAGAAUCCAAACAGUUUCAGAUGAUUAUUAUAAUGCAUUCCAUGAUUCAAGUUGGCAUUUUUUCAGCCCUCUCCUUGAGACAGAGCUGCCUAUUAUCAAUUCUUGAUCGAGGGUAUCUUAUAAGCAUAAAUUCAUUUAAAGGGAUGUAUAUCCGUAUCAACGCGGUUGUACAUCAUUUUGUCAUAAUUAUUGAUCUAGUGUAAGAGACUGUUACCCUCCCAUGUCUUCUUAUUUUUUCAAAUAUCCUAAGCUUAUGUAUGCUUUAACUGUCAACUUGUAUAUUGUUUUAAGUAUGCUUGUUUAUCUUUGCAUUGUUGCACGUGUGGUCUGGGUCUGUGAUGACCCUGUAUCUAGUGUAUGUGGAUAAUAGAUGAAUAGGAGGCGGUUUGGAGACUUCAUAUCUGGACGUAAAGAUGCGAUAUUUGUUUUUGUUUUCUUUAAAGUUAUGUAUAGUGCUGAUCGACUUAUAAUUUAUGUAGUU